AUGAUGAUUUACCCUCCCAGAGGUUCGUGUCGGUUGACUAUCCAUGGGCGAAUGUCGUCUUACAAGGAUAGGAUCGACACCACCGGUGGCACUCGAGAAAUCCUCAGCCGCUUACGUGACAUCGAGGCAAUGCUGAAGACUCAGUCAUACCAGAUCUCAGACAUCAAAAAGUCCCAUAUUGGUGCCCAUGCUGUCCCCGAUGCCUCGCCACCUGGCCACACAUCGGCGGCUAUUGCAGGAGACGUUCCGAAUGCUACCAUGCCCUCGCCCUGGGCAUUCUCUGGAUUAGACAUCCAACCCACUUUGCCAGAACUACCCCCAUUGACAAUUCCAGUCAAACACAAAACCUCCUCAAGUUACCUCCUGAGUUUACCCCCAGUCAAAUCCCUCAUCGGGGAGUAUCCGACCGAUUUGUUUUUCUUGUUAGAAUCACGGGCCCACCUCCCCCGGAGCUGUCAUUCGAGACAUGGCCAGUACCAGAACCCCCAUCAUGACCAUCCAAUCUUGGACCCAGGCGGGUUUGAGGAUAUCUUCAGCCGGUUUCUGGAAAAUGGGCCUGAUUCAAGUAUUGAAUCGGCUUUAUGCAUGGCUGUCCUAGCACUUGGUGCCGUCGCUGCUUCGCCGCCAGAUGCGCAUGCAUUUCUUCAUUCACCCCCAGGCAUGGAGUACAUGCAGCACGCCAUGCCAACCCUUCUCAGCCAGUCAGCAUGGUCAGUCUCAUGUAGCCUCAUGCUACCACAGGCACUCGUUCUUGCUAGCGUGUAUUUCGCAUAUAUCGUCCGCCCCCUUCAAAGCUGGCGACUCAUCUACUCUGCCACGACAAUAAUCCAGUUCAAACUUUCAGGAAUCGAUCGUGAACAGAAAGAAGCUUGGUGGCGUGAGAGCUUGAUUCGUUUAUUUUGGUCCUGCUUUUUGAUCGAGUGCGAUCGACUCGCCGAGCUGGAACUCCCACGAAGUGGGUUGCAACAUCUGAUGGACGACAUUAGUCUUCCGGAGUGCACUAAUCUUGGGAUGAUGCAAUCGACCUGCUACCUUGCAGAGAUAUCUAUUCGAAGAUUACUAAACCGCGUGCAUAAUUCCCUCUACCCGAGCAAGAGACGCGGCUUGAUGCUAUCGUCCACCACAUUGACCACCCCGGACGAGUUUUCCAUGGAUGAUAUAUCAUCCAUGAGUGCAGUCUGCGAUGAGCUACAUUUGCAACUUGAGAUGUGGCAUUCUUCGAUACCAGACAGCAUUCGUCCAAAACUCAACAUCGAAGCUUCCAUGCAGGAAUCGAAUGAUCGCCAGGCAAUACUACGAAUUCGGUAUUUUGCCGCGCGUCAUAUAAUAUACAGACCAUUUGUUCUCUUUCUUGUGACCCACGAUGUCACCUGCAUAUCCCAGGAUAUUGUUGAGAAGGCUGGGAUUUGCAUCGAGAGCUGCCGGUGUUACAUCCACAGCACGACUCGGAUCCUAAAGCACCCGAGCCAGUACACGUGGACAUUCUCUUUAUCAUCACUGGGUGCCAUUGUUAUUUUAACGCUCGCUUCACUCAAUCCCGCUUUGCAACAUUUGGUGACGGAUAUUGACGCACUACAAACCCUGGCUUUGAAUAAUAUUCGACCGUGGGCUUUCUCCAGUCUUGAAGCUGUUAUAACUAUACUUGAAGACGUUCAGAAAAAGCAAAGACUCUUCACGCGUAUGAAUUGCUGA